ACAGACGUCGCGUCGCGAGUGACGGGUCCCGCAAAAAGCCAAAAUGGCGGAGCUUGGCAAAAACGAAAGACGCGUCCUGGCUGUGUGUCCGUCGUCGGGUCGGUAAACUUGAGUGUACUGCGAGCGGAUUGCGUGCGAAACCGGGCCGGAAGUGUAACGUUACCGUUGUGGUACCAGGAUCCGAUCGAAUCCGGCCGAUUGGCGCUAAAUCGUGCGGGUAAAUUGACCACCGAGUGUCCGCGAACAAGAAGGCACCCAGCGCACACAGUGCGGAGCGGACCGUGUCGUCGUGAGUGAGUGUGUGAGUGCGCGAGCGAACCGUGCGGAAGAAGAGCACACGCUUGCAGGAAGAAGAUCGGUGUGUGCAUCGCGCCGCGGCGCGGACGGGAAAGAAAGUGUAGCAAAGCAGAGAAGGUAUCAGCAAAUAAUAUUGGCAAGCCGAAUAGACGGACCACCACCGCGCGAAUAAAAGGAAACGCGGAAAUCUGCCGCAGCGGUGCGUUUGGGGACGCUGCUCUCGAUCCGGUUUUCCCUUCUUGUGUGUGGACUGAUUAAUCGCUAUCAUCGUCGUCGUCGUCGUCGUCCGUGAAGAAGCUGACCAGGAGGAGUAGCGAGAAAGCGCUGUCGGAAGAAGAAGCGCAGCAAAACAACGAACGAGAAGAAAGUGAGGCAACUCUGGCGCUGGUGAGAAAACAUGUAAAACGAGAUCGACCGCGCGAGUGAGAGUGCAAAUUGAUGCUAAUUAGCGCGUUUUAGUAGGCUCUGAUAGCAGCGGGGGCGUGAGACGACCCAAGCAAGAAGCCGCACAGAGAUAAACGUCAAAAUCAAUGUCAUAAGCAGUGAAAAGCGAAAAACAAACGUAAACUUUUUUCCUGGUGGAGAAUCAACCGAGUGUUUAGGCCGCUGACAACAAUCAGGUGCUUCAAAAGAGCGUGCGAGUCGCGUGUGUGUAUCCUCCCAUUCACCUGCCGUAUCACUUGUAUCCAGAGGAACGACCACUAUUCCUGUGCAACCGUUCAUAAUCGCCCACUGGGAGAAAUUCGGGUUCGCGCGCGUCCUUCCGAUCGAGCGAGCCGAGUGAGUGAGAAAGUGAAGUGAAGCAUCCACUGAAGUAGCCUUCUGCUGCUGCUGCUAGACAACACACAACACAACGGACCGACCAAAAGCAGGAAGAAAGAGAAACAGACGCGCUUAGGUCCAGGCGAAUCAGGAGAAGAAGAAGAAGAAAAAGCAGUAGAAGAGGGCGGAAGGUGGCGCAAAAGCCGUUUCGAGCCAACGGUGGAACGGGGAGCUGGUGGUGUUUGAGAGAGCAUAAACGUUGAAACAAACCCCGUGGCCACUAUGACAACAAACAUGUAUCGGGUCGGAGACUAUGUCUACGUGGAAACAUCGUCGACGACCCCGUUCCAGAUCCGCCGGAUCGAGGAGCUCAACAAAACGCCCAGCGGCAACGUGGAGGCGAAAGUGAUGUGCUUCUACCGGAGGCGAGAUCUGCCUACACCGCUCGUGCAAUUAGCUGAUAAGCAUCAAAUGGCCACAUCGGAGGAAUCCCCCGUAGCAAUGAAGCUGAAAAAGAUGUGGCUGAAAACACCGGUCGGCGAGGAACAAGCCGCCCAAGUAGUACUAGACCCUGCCCUAGUUGCCCUCGAAGAGGAGCGAAAUAGUCCCAACAGCACCGGUAGCGGGAACGACCGAGGCGAACAGCUGAAUCCAAAGCAACGGCACCAGAUGAAGCACCGCGAACUGUUCCUGUCCCGCCAAGUGGAAACCCUGCCCGCCACCCAGAUCCGAGGCAAGUGCUCGGUGACGCUGCUCAACGAGGAGGAAUCGCUGCUCAGCUAUCUGAACAAAGACGAUACCUUCUUCUACUGCCUAGUAUUCGAUCCGACGCAGAAAACGCUGCUGGCGGAUAAGGGGGAGAUCCGAGUGGGUCAUCGGUACCAGACGGAUGUGCAAGCCAUGUUGAAGGACGGCGAAAAGUACGAACGGAACCUGGAAGAUAUGGAAACGCUGGUGUGGACGCCUCGGCAUUCGCUCAGCGACAAGAAGAUCGACCAGUUCCUGGUGGUGUCCCGGUCCGUUGGCACGUUUGCGCGGGCGCUGGACUGCACCAGCUCAGUGAAGCAACCGUCCCUGCACAUGUCGGCUGCGGCCGCUAGUCGUGAUAUUACCUUGUUUCAUGCAAUGGAUACCCUGCACAAACAUAGUUACUCGAUAGAGAACGCCAUGUGUUCGUUGGUGCCCUCCAGUGGGCCGGUGCUAUGUCGAGACGAGAUGGAGGAGUGGAGCGCUUCCGAGGCGAAUCUCUUCGAGGACGCCCUAGAAAAGUACGGCAAAGACUUCAACGACAUUCGAAACGACUUUCUUCCUUGGAAAACGCUCAAAAGCAUAGUGGAGUACUACUACAUGUGGAAGACGACGGACCGGUACGUGCAGCAGAAGCGGGUGAAAGCCGUCGAAGCGGAAUCGAAGCUGAAGCAGGUCUACAUUCCCAACUACACCAAGCCCAGCCCGGCGCUGAUCACGAACAACAACAAGAACAUUCUGAACGGCAACUCAAACGGGAGCAGUGGCGUGGAGGUGCUCACGAUUAGCGGCGGCAAGCCGUGCGAGUCCUGCUCGACGCUCGCGUCGCCUCAGUGGUACUCGUGGGGUCCGUCGCACAUGAGCUGCCGGUUGUGUCAGGUUUGUUGGAACUAUUGGAAGCGUUACGGAGGCCUUAAAGUAGCAUCCCGGUUAGCGGAUAGUGGUGAUAUUGUGGACACGACGGUAGUAGGCGCCGGAGCAGGCGGAGGAGUAGGAGGAGGAGGAACGACGCCCGGUGGUGGUGGCGGCGGCGGCGGUGGUGGAACUGUUGUGUCGCUGAAGAAACAACGAGCGAGUGGCGGUGGUGGCCCAGGAACCGGCGGUCCAGGCAGCGCCGGAAGUGAUAUCGACGAUGAUCUGACCAUUGUGGCCAGCAGUGGACCGAUCGGUAGUUUAGGGAGCGGCGGGCUGAGCAAUCAUCGGCCGCACAGUCCAUCGUUCAAAUGUUCCAUCGUCAAUUGCGGUAAGGAGUUCAAACUGAAGGCGCAACUGGCUCGACACUACGCUCAGGCUCACGGAAUUCAGAUCCGAUCAGGGUCCCCGCGACCUAUCAUGAAAACCCGGACGGCGUUCUACCUGUUCACCAACCUGACGACGCGGUUAUCGAGGCGACUUUGCCGGCAAGUUGUUCGAUCGAAAAAGGCCGCCCGGCAACCGUCAUAUUCGAUCAACACCGUCGCAGUGAAGCAGGAAUUCACCAUCGCUGAGGCUGGCAAGAGUAUAGCGGACAUCCGGAGGUUGCUCAUCUACAAGAAGCGCGAUCGGGGCAGCGUGACGCACAUAGCGAACCGUCUCGGCAAUCCCGGCCCAACCGUGGGCGACUGGCUCAUACUGACCCCGAAGGACAAAAUGCCAAAGCCGGAGGUGGUCGCAUUCCCCAAGCCACCGAAGGCUCCCGAUGGUAGUUUAGUGUACGAUCGGAUACCAAAUAAAGUCGUCGAGGCUGAACCGAAACCGCUGAAUGUGGCGGCGACAGCGGCAGCGACCGCAGCGGCAGUCGCCAGCACCCUGCCGGGAGUGACCGUCAAUGCGGUCGUCGGGGCACCAGGAGCAGGCGGUGGAAUAGGAGGAGGGGCAGGAGGAGGAGGAAUUGGAUCGACGGCCGUUCCACCGGGUAUGCCUACACUGGUGGGAAGCACGGCAGGCGUGACAGCUGGACGUACUACACCGAAUGCAGUUGCCACCGGUCCCGGACUGGUGGUGACGGGCAGCCCUAUGACCCCCAUCCCACCACCUGCAUCACUAAAACGGCGGAACUAUGAAGAUGCCAACGGAAUCGAUGGACCUGUAGCGCCUCCAACGAAACGACCGAACAAAGAUCCGAUGCCGUCUCAUCGACCUACCCCAGAGCAGUACGCAGCCAUGUUGGCCGCAGCUCAGGCAGCAGGACAACCUCUCCCGCGACAUCAUAUGAAUGGUAAACCAAAAAUAGCACAAAUGGCCCGGACCGGUUCCGGGCGGAAACAGGUCAUCAGUUGGAUGGACGCUCCCGACGAUGUGUACUACCGAUCAACCGAAGCUAGCAGAAAAACCCGCCGCAAGAUCCCAAUCGUCGAACUACGGCGGUCGGCGCGAAAGCCCUGGCGCCAUCUGGUGCCCAAGUAUGCGGCCAUCAUAGCCAGCCUGCUGCCACCGGUUGCCCCCGUGUCGGCGGCAGCAGCGGCUGCGGCCGCCGCCGCCGCUGCAGCAGGCAUUCCUCAGCUACCCGCAACGCUUCCACCUCAGCUAACGGCGCAACUGACCGCCGCCACGGGCCAACUUCCGCAUCCGGCCGCCGUCGCGGCAGCUAACCUUAAUCUCAACUCAACGAACAUGGCCGCCCUGGCCAGUGUUCACCCGCUGGCAGCGCAGCUCGUGACGGCCGGCGGCAACAACAAUACCGGCAGCACAAACAACAAUAGCAGUAGUAGCAAUAACAAAGCGAACAGUGAUCUUCAGGUUGUAAUCCUAGACUGACCCGAACCUCGGAAACAUCUGCAACAGAAUCAGCAAGCACAUUCGGCGGCGGGGCCGCCAUCACUACAACAACAGCCGCCACAACAACAUCCGCCGCCGCCACCACCACAUCCAUACACUAUGGAAGCACUGCUCAAUUAACUCGUAAAACACUGAAACAAACAAACACAUUACAACAGCUAGCAUGCUCUAAUGGUAACUGAUGAUGAUUGAUGAUGAUGAAAGAAAUCGUUUUCGUUUUUUUCUUUUCGAUUUUAUCUUAAUUUUAGGACGCGAGGCUGUUGAGCAAGCAUGCCUCAAAAAACUAUUUAAACUAUUACUAAAAUUGUAAACUAUUGAUGCUCUGUGAGACAACAAAAAAAAACAAGUAGUAGCAAAAAGGGAACAAGUAUGGAAAAAUAAGAAAAUUACAUGGCAAUGUUCGUGCAUUGCCAAGAGAAAGAGUGAAACAAAAGAGGUUAAAAAACUAAAACAGUAAGGAACGCGUAGAACAAGCAUGCUUGGUGUUGAGAAGAAAACUGAAACAGUGUGGAAGUGUCUGCUCUUGGGUCCCCGGGAGAACAAAACGGUGGAUCUUGAGUUUAAAUAUUUUAUUUUUUGUAAAAAGUAAUUCAACAAACAUCGCUCCCUCGUAAUUAAGAGUAACUUCUUAAAAUAAAUUGUGAAACGAAAGAAAGAAUAAACUCAAAUAAAAAAAAAAUCUUGAAUGAACAAUGUGAAAACAGUGUGUGACGAAAAAACACAGCAGAAAAUUGAUAAUAAAUGCUAAAUCCAAUUUACUACAAAAUUUAGAAGAAUACAAACACUAAAGCAAAAACAAAAACAGAAAAAAAACCGAACAGACAGAACAGGAAGACAAAGAGCGAGAGAAAGGCAAGACGGAACACACGCAAUGACUGGGUGUUAGAGAAAGAAGGAAUAUCAUUGAUUUUUCCACCUCUAUUGAAAACAAAACAGAAAAAAGAAACAAAAAGUGAAACCCUCUCUCAAAAAUAUACAAGCAACUAUUGAAAAAAUAA